AUUCUUUCUCUCUAUCUUCAUCUACCUGCCUUGCCAUCUUCCUGUUUCUCUGCAGUUCUCACUGUUCUUUUUCCUUAGAUAUACACAAACUCUCUCUUAUAGUAGUCUGCUUACUUGAAUCUCAAGCCCUUGUGUAAGAUUUGGCGCUGUGGAGCUGGUGUGGUACUAGACUAUUUGAUUCGGCAUUUUUGCUGUUUUUGACAUUUGCAUCCCUUUGCUUCUCUCAAUUUGUUCAUUUCUUGACGGAAAUUUGAGUUUUCCCCCCUCUUUUUCUUGUAUUCUUUUUUAAGUGUGAACUUUUUCGGGAUUUCUCCUCCAUUUCGGAACUUGAGAUCUAAUUGGGUUUCCCUUUCGUGUUCCUGGGUCUGUGGAAUUUGAAAUCUUGGGAGGUUUUUGCUUGGUUCUUGAGUUUCUUUUUCUCCAAUUUGUACAGCUUUUGAAUAUUUUAAAGAUUUUUUAUUCCUUAAUCUUGAACUCUUUUCUCUGUGGUGGUUUCUGGGAAAAUUUUUUUGAAGAGAAGAUCUUCAAUUCAGUUUUGGACAUUGAUUCUAAUAAUCACAAUAAUUUACCUGAAGAACGUUGUGUUGGUCUUCUUUUUUUUUUUUUAAACUCUAAUUCGAGCUGAAAGCCAGUGGUGGUGACAAUCAUUUUGUUGGAGGCUGUUAGACAUAACUUGAGAUUCCUAAUAAGAGAGCAAGAGCAAGAGUUCAACUGAUCGUAAAGUUCAACAAUCGUUGAAGAUGAGUCAGCCUAAAAUCAAGCGCCGAGUCGGUAAAUACGAGGUUGGAAGAACGAUAGGUGAGGGAACAUUUGCAAAAGUGAGAUUUGCAAGGAACUCAGAAACUGGGGAAGCUGUGGCUCUCAAAAUUCUUGACAAAGAAAAGGUUCUCAAGCACAAGAUGGCUGAACAGAUCAGGCGGGAAAUUGCAACAAUGAAGUUGAUCAAGCAUCCAAAUGUUGUUCGAUUAUAUGAGGUCAUGGGAAGCAAGACUAAAAUAUAUAUUGUAUUAGAGUUUGUGACUGGUGGAGAGCUCUUUGACAAAAUUGUAAACCAUGGACGGAUGAAGGAAAGUGAAGCACGUAGAUAUUUCCAGCAGCUUAUAAAUGCUGUUGAUUAUUGCCAUAGCAGGGGUGUCUUCCACCGAGACCUAAAGCCAGAAAAUUUGCUAUUAGAUAUUUCUGGAAAUCUUAAAGUUUCUGAUUUUGGGUUAAGUGCUCUCUCCCAACAAGUCAAGGAUGACGGACUGCUGCAUACUACAUGUGGUACUCCAAAUUAUGUCGCUCCUGAGGUCCUUAAUGAUAGAGGCUAUGAUGGGGCCACUGCAGAUUUGUGGUCAUGUGGGGUGAUUCUCUUUGUAUUGCUUGCAGGUUACCUGCCUUUCGAUGAACCUAAUCUUGUGAACCUGUAUAAAAAAAUCUCAGCUGCUGAAUUUACUUGCCCCCCUUGGCUUUCUUUCAGUGCCAGGAAACUGAUCAGUCGAAUCUUGGAUCCAAACCCUGGAACUCGUAUCACGAUACCUGAGAUACUACAAGAUGAAUGGUUCAAGAAAGAUUACAAACCUCCUGUUUUUGAGGAGAAGGGGGAGGCCAACGUUGAUGAUGUUGAAGCUGUCUUUAAAGAUUCCGAAGAGCACCAUGUGACGGAGAAGAAAGAAGAACAGCCAACACCAAUGAAUGCAUUUGACUUAAUCUCCAUGUCCAAAGGGCUGAACCUUGAAAAUUUGUUUGAUAUAGAGCAGGGAUUUAAAAGGGAAACAAGAUUCACUUCAAAAUGCCCUGCCAAUGAGAUAAUCAACAAGAUUGAAGAAGCUGCAAAACCUCUUGGUUUCGAUGUGCACAAGAAAAAUUACAAGAUGAGGCUUGAAAAUGUAAAGGCUGGAAGGAAAGGAAACCUUAAUGUGGCCACAGAGGUAUUUCAAGUGGCACCUUCUCUUCACAUGGUUGAGGUGAGAAAAGCAAAAGGUGAUACGUUGGAGUUCCAUAAGUUCUACAAAAAUCUAUCCACAACUCUCAAGGAUGUCGUCUGGAAAAGUGAAGAUGAUAUGCAAGAAACGAAGUGAAAUUGUCGAUAUCGUUGUCAAGUGUAGUUUCUUGAUGAUGCUGUCAUUUUUCCCGUUUCCUGGUUUAAUUUUCCCAACAAACUACCUUGUUGGAGGUUUGGUUGGACAUAUCACGCAUGUGCUCAUCAUCAUGUUGCUUUCUGGGUUAUUAUUGUGAGAAAGCAUGCAUAGUUCAUGUAAGUAUUACCAGUCAACAGUUGAAUCAUAUUAAUGAAACAUGAAGUUUUUUUAAGAAGAA